AUGGAAGUCGCAAGAUUCCACAAAUACUACAGAUCCUAUAAUUCUGGUCCUCAAUGGCUGUUAUACCAGUAUCUGCUGGCGGAUACUAAGCUGAGGCUCAUGUUUAAUUUGGGUCCGCAAUGCGGGAUCGUUACGUUCGUUACCUUACUCAUGAUGUUCAUCGUCAUUGUCUGUUCGCUUGUGGGUGCAAAAGCGAUCGUCUCGAAUCAAAAAGUCUUCCUGGAAUUGCAAAAAGAAGCGGACAAGAAAAUUCCGCGGAAGAAAAGCAUGGCGGACAUCAGACCGAUCUACAAUUGCAUUCAUAAGCACUUGCAGCAGACCGAUGUGUUCCAGGAGAAGACGAAGAAAAUGCUCUGCAAGGAACGCCUGGAGUUGGAGAUUCUGAGCAGCAGAAUAAACUGUAUCAACAAACUGUUGAAACCUGAGGCGCAGACUGAAUGGCGGCGGAGCAGGUUACGAAAAGUGUAUUAUCGUCCCAUUAACUCGGCCGCGUCGAAGUAA